AAGUUUAAAUUUCAUCAAUGAGUAGUGCUACGUUUCUCAUAAUCGGGGGAGGUAUAGCUGGUGUGUCAUGUGCUGAAACUCUAGCUUAUUUAUGUCCAAAUAAGUCUAUCAUCUUAUUAACACAAUCACCUCUUAUUAAAGCAGUUACCAAUUUAGUUUGUUUAGGAAAAUGCAUAACGACUUUUGAUGUAGAGGAAAAACAUGCUAAAGAUGUAUUUUCAUCCAAAAGUUUAGUAAAUAUUGUUAAUGAUAAGCUUCAUUAUGUCUGUACACAAUCAAGGUAUGUCCUAUGUGCAAGUGGCCUGAAAAUUAAUUUUGAAUAUAUAUGCAUAUGCACUGGAGCAAGGCCAAAAAUCAUACCCCAAGCUGUUGGCCAUGAACGUGUACUAACAAUUAGAGAUACAGAAUCUGUUAAAGAUUUUCAAAAGCUUCUCAAUAAUGCUCGAAAAAUUGUUAUUGCUGGUAAUGGAGGAAUAGCUACAGAACUGGCUUAUGAAUUAAAAGGCAUCGAAAUUGAUUGGGUUAUAAAAGAUAAACAUAUUACUGCAACAUUUGUAGAUCCUGGUGCUGCACAAUUUUUUCAAUCAAAAUUGAAUGAUAAAUCUUUUAAUGAAAGUGAAAACAAUGCAGUUAUAAAACGAAUGAGAUAUUAUGAGGAUGGUGAAAGUAGUAGUAGUGGAGCUGCAUUAGGGCCUGAUUGGCACAAUUUAUUAAAUUUAACACCAUCAAAUCCGCUGCCUGGUACAGUCACUGUACAUUUUGAAACAGAAAUUUCUCAGAUUGAAAAUUCUAAGGAUGAAUGGCCAUGUUAUGUAAUAUUAAAUAACAAUAAGAAAAUUGGAUGUGAUAUCAUAGUAUCUGCUACUGGUGUUAUACCCGAGAUGUCUUUUGACUGGGAUGUGAUACCUGAAUUAGGUAUUGAUGGUGGAAUUUCAGUAAAUGAAUUGAUGGAAACCAGUUUGAUGAAUGUAUAUGCAGCUGGAGAUGUCUGUUCUGCCAACUGGAAUUCUUCAGAUCAUUGGUUCCAAAUGAGAUUGUGGUCUCAGGCUAGACAAAUGGGUGCCCAGGCUGCUAAAUCGAUGGUAGCUAAAAUAAACCAUGAAAGCAUUUUACCAGAUUUCUGCUUUGAAAUGUUCUCUCACGUGACAAAGCUAUUUGGAUAUAAAGUAGUUCUUUUAGGAAAGUACAAUGGGCAAGGCUUAGGAAAUAAAUAUGAAGCGAUUGUAAGAGUUACAAAAGAUGUUGAAUAUAUUAAAUUAGUUUUGUCAAAUGGUAAAUUGCAAGGCGCUGUUAUGAUUGGAGAAGUUGGAUUAGAAGAAACUUUUGAAAAUCUUAUUUUAAAUCAACUGGAUAUCAGCAUGUACGGAGAAGAUAUACUAAACCCCGAUAUUGAUAUAGAAGAUUAUUUUGAUUAG